AACGGCAAACGGCUUUAAUUUCCUCGAGUUCGUCACUAACGGAUUAUAUCUUGAUCAGAGAAGACCAAAUAAUAGAACAUACAAAUUCACAGUCUUAAUUUCAUCUCGUCGAAAAUAACAGACCUUUCCUGUGACUUUAAACAGCAAACGGCUUUAAUUUCAUGGACUUCGUCACUAAUGAUAUCUUGAUCAGAGAAGACCAAAUAAUAAAACAUAUAAAUUCACAGUCUUAAUUUCAUUUCAUAUUCAAAAGGAGGUGUGACAUGGCUACUUUGAAAUUUUUAAUAAAUAUUAGCCUUAUAUUUACUGCUACAGCGACUUUGUAUGAUCAAAAUUCAAGCAAUGAUUUGAUUCCUGUUCAGGAAGAUUCAAGCAAUGAUUCGGUGAUUAAUUACCGUUUACCAGCUAAUGUAGUUCCGGUACAUUACAAUAUUAAGCUAAUACCAUACAUUGUGGAAGAUAAUUUUACCUUUGAAGGAGAAUCCAAUGUUAACAUCACAAUUCGUCAUGUAACGCAAACCUUGAGUUUACACGUUUUGGAAUUGACAAUAAACGAAACAGAGACAUCGUUGUUUGAUAAUAAUGGUAUUAUCUAUACACCGGCAAUGUAUAAUUAUGACAAUAUAACACAAAUCUUAGUUCUUAAUUUCAAUGAUGAGCUGUCACCUGGAAAUUAUAUUUUGAAAAUGCGAUAUGUUGGUAUCCUACAUAACGACUUGAAAGGCUUUUUCAUAUCAUCUUAUAUAAACGAGGAAGGAAAUGAUGUGUGGUUUGCCGCAACGUAUUUCGAACAGACUUUUGCGCGACGAGCAUUCCCAUGUUGGGACGAGCCAGCAUUAAAAGCUACUUUCGAUAUCUCCAUAAAACAUCAUCGAAAUUAUACAGUUCUAUCCAAUAUGCCAAUACGGAAACAAUUGGACGGUGGUAACAAAGACGGCAUAAUAUGGACGCAUUUUGACACGACUCCCAUCAUUUCUACCUAUCUCGUAGCGUUUGUAGUGGCCGAUUUUGUUCGCGUUCCUACUGAAGAUGAGACCAUUAAUCUAUGGUGUAGAUCGAAAUUGGUACCGGACACAAAACUUGCACAAGAAGUUGUCCAAAAAUCUAAAACGCUAUUGACAGAAUAUACCAACAGCACCUCUAAAGUUCCAAAAAUGGAUCUCGUAGCACUCCCGCGAUUCACAGUUGGUGCAAUGGAAAAUUGGGGACUUAUUAUUGUUGUUGAAACAUACUUUGCAUACAAUGAAAGUGUCAAUACAAUACAUGGUAAACUAGUUGUUGCAAUGACAACAACACAUGAAAUGGCGCAUCAGUGGCUUAGUAAUGUAGUCACUCCAUUAUGGUGGUCUCAGACAUGGUUAAGUGAAGGAUUUGCGACAUUCUUCCAAAUGUAUAUUCUCAAUCAGAUGUUUGAGGAUUUGCGAAUAAUGGAAUACUUUGUUGUUGGUAUUCAGCAAACAAUUCUUCACAAGGAUAUUAAUAUGAGUAUGACACCAAUUACAUUAGAUGUUAGUAGCCCAGAAGAAAUUAAAUCACUCUUCCUUGAUUCCAGUUAUGGCAAAGCACCCGCUAUAAUGCGCAUGUUACAACAUAUAAUUACCGAUGAGGUAUUUCGAAAUGGUCUUAUUAAAUAUUUACGCACGCAUCAGUUUAGUUCUGCUACUUCCGACGAUUUAUGGAACGCUUUGCAAGCAGUACUAGACACAUCAGAUGUCCCACAUGAUGCUUAUAGAUUGAAAGAGAUAAUGGAUACUUGGAUAAAACAAUCGGAUUUUCCUGUAGUUCAUGUGACCCGAAAGAAAGACACUAAUGAGAUAAUAUUAACGCAAGAAUAUUUCGUUCUGAAAAAUGAAAAUGAGAACGUCAAUGAUAAUAAAUGGUGGAUACCUUUGACUUUUGCUACGCAAACAAAUCCUGAUUUUUCUAAUACCUUACCCACUCAUUGGCUAAAACCACAAGAUCGAUAUAUAACGAUUGAUGGAAUUGAUCCAAAUGAUUGGAUUAUCGUCAAUUUACAACAAACGGGAUAUUAUCGUGUUAAUUACGAUUCUUCCAUUUGGCAAAAAAUUGGGGAUUAUCUUAAAUCUGACAAUUAUACGAAAAUCCAUGUACUCAAUCGUGCUCAAAUCAUCGAUGACGCCUAUCAUUUUAUGAUGCUAAAUAAACAUGAUAUCAUGAUGUUUCUGAAUAUUAUUAGUUAUCUAUCGCAAGAAAUAGACUUUAUACCGUGGUAUUCUAUGUUUAAAAUAUUAACACUUACGGAAGAUAUUUACAAAGUUCCAGAAAAUGAAAUUCUCAAAUUAUAUAUGCUCAAACUUUUGGAAGGUCUUAUUAAAAACGUAGGAUACGAAGAAGAUCCUACCGAGAAUGAUCUUAUAAAACUUAAAAGAAUUGGAGCUUUAAAAUGGGCAUGUACUUUCGGUCAUUCUGAAUGCAAGAAAAUGGCCACUGUUAAAUUGAAUGAAUAUUUCGCAGAUCCUACAACACAUAAAGUUUCGCCAAAUUUAAAAAAAUGGAUGUAUUGUAAUGGCUUUAUGGAAGCAAACGCUUCUAUUUUGAAUAAGUUAUACGAUAAAUUUGUAAAUAAACCUGAUGAAGAAGUUUUAAUGUUCUUGAUUUGCUCUGACAAUACUGAUAUUAUAAUUAAUUUCUUGAACAUAUCUAUAUCGAACAAUUUAACAAAAAUUGAUGCUUACUAUAUAAUUUAUUCUUCUAUUAUCAAAAAACACGCAAAGAAUAAUAUAGUAAUCGACUAUAUAUUAACAAAUUUUAAAGAAUUAUUCCCAAGAUCCAAGGAUGCAAAUAGUGCAUUAAAUGAUAUAAUUGACAAUGUGUAUUUUAAAGAAAAACUUGACGAGAUAAACGAAUUUGUAAAAAAUGAAUUUGAAGAGAAAAUAUUCAAAGAUGUACAAGACAAAAUAAUAGGACGCAAGGAACUGCUAGAUACACUUGUCUCAUUUCAACCACCUAAUAUAAAAGAGAAAUUAAAAUUAUAAAAUAAUUAUAAUUAAUUAUAACAAUUGCAAAACGUUUACUUAUGUAUAUGUUUAUUUAUGUUUGAUAUUAAUUUUGAAACUUGUCAGAAACUU